AAACUACAAUUCCCGGCGGGGAGCGCGGUGAAGGGGGGGGUGGGAUCUGAACAUGGCGGCGGUGGUAGCUGCUACGGCGCUGAAGGGCCGGGGGGCGAGAAAUGCCCGCGUCCUCCGGGGGAUUCUCUCAGGAGCCACAGCUAACAAGGCUUCCCAGAACAGGACCCGGGCACUGCAAAGCCACAGCUCCCCGGAGUGCAAGGAGGAGCCUGAGCCCCUAUCCCCUGAACUGGAAUACAUUCCCAGAAAGAGGGGCAAGAACCCAAUGAAAGCUGUGGGACUAGCCUGGUACAGCCUGUACACCCGCACCUGGCUCGGGUAUCUCUUCUACCGCCAGCAGCUGCGCAGGGCUCGGAAUCGCUACCCCAAAGGCCACUCCAGAACCCAGCCCCGCCUCUUCAAUGGAGUGAAGGUGCUUCCUAUCCCCGUCCUCUCAGACAAUUACAGCUACCUCAUCAUCGACACCCAGGCCCGGCUGGCUGUGGCUGUGGACCCUUCAGACCCUCAGGCCGUACAGGCUUCCAUUGAAAAGGAGGGCGUUAACUUGGUUGCCAUUCUCUGCACCCACAAGCACUGGGAUCACAGUGGAGGGAACCGUGACCUCAGCCGGCGGCACCAGGACUGUCGGGUGUAUGGGAGCCCUCAGGAUGGCAUCCCCUACCUCACCCAUCCCCUGUGUCAUCAAGAUGUGGUUAGUGUGGGACGGCUUCAGAUCCAGGCUCUGGCCACCCCUGGCCACACACAAGGCCAUCUGGUCUACCUGCUGGAUGGGGAGCCCUAUAAGGGUCCCUCCUGCCUCUUCUCAGGGGACCUGCUCUUCCUCUCUGGCUGUGGACGGACCUUUGAGGGCACCGCAGAGACCAUGCUGAGCUCACUGGACACCGUGCUGGGGCUGGGGGACGACACUCUGCUGUGGCCUGGCCACGAGUACGCGGAGGAGAACCUGGGCUUUGCAGGCGUGGUGGAGCCCGAGAACCUGGCCCGGGAGAGGAAGAUGCAGUGGGUGCAGAGGCAGCGGAUGGAACGCAGGAGCACGUGCCCGUCCACCCUGGGAGAGGAGCGCUCCUAUAACCCGUUUCUGAGGACGCACUGCCUGGUGCUGCAGGAGGCUCUGGGCCCAGGCCCCACAGGAGACAAUGGCUACUCCCGGGCCCAGCUCCUGGAGAAGCUCCGCCAGCUGAAGGAUCUACACAAGAGCAAGUGACCCCACCGAAGCCCCGCCCCCCCGCCCCCCCCCCGUGGUGGGGAAGCCACCCACCAUGGCCCACACCACACCUUCCCUCUCACUGCUUCCACCACCACCUCCGUCAGCCCGUCGAGCCGGCACCACACCCCGACGUGGGUCCCGGGCAGAGGAGGGACAAGGCAACGAGAGCCUGAGA